AUGACUGAUAGAAAAGCCGUUAUUAAGAAUGCCGAUAUGGCUGAUGAUAUGCAAACUGAAGCCAUUGAAUGUGCUACUCAAGCCUUAGAAAAAUAUAACAUAGAAAAAGAUAUUGCUGCUUAUAUUAAAAAAGAAUUCGACAAAAAAUACAAUCCUACAUGGCAUUGUAUCGUCGGAAGAAAUUUUGGAUCUUAUGUUACUCACGAAACUAAACAUUUUAUCUAUUUUUAUCUUGGUCAAGUUGCUAUUCUCCUUUUUAAAAGUGGAUAA